UCCCACGUCCAAGGAGUUGGGAACAUAUAAUGAAGAACUGAAGGUGUGCAGGGAGCAGCUUCUUGCCAGAGAAGAAGAAAUUGCUCAGCUGAGAGCAGAGAGGAACAACACCAGGCUGCUGCUGGAACACCUGGAGCUCCUCGUUUCCCGGUAUGUACCAUCCCUCCGGAUGACGGCGGACAAGCAGCAGGCGCAGUCCCCAGCCGGCAUGAUCAGCGAGGUGGAGGUGCUCAGGGCACUGAAGUUUCUAUUUGAGCACCACAAGGCCCUGGACGAGAAGUUGAGACAGCAGGCCCACGUGCCGGCCACCGUGGCCCAGGCCUUCGAAAGAGACGAAGGCGUGUCUGACGGCGAGGGCGACGGGGUCACCCUCCUCAGCUCGGCUGCUCAGCUGCCGCCCAGCGGGCAGAUGCUUCAGGAGCAGCUGGACAGCAUCAAUGAAGAGAUCCGGUGGAUCCAAGAAGAGAAGGAGACCACGGAGCAGCGGGCCAAGGAGACUGAGAGCAGGGUGGGCAAGGCGAGCUCAGGCAGCCUUCGUCGUUUUAAAUCAGUGAGCUCCCUCGACCUGUAUUCGGCCUCCUCGCUUGCCAGCUCCUGCCCGCCCAGCAGUGUGCCCGCCACGCCCCGAAUGAGGCGUCGAAGGCCAGCGCGGAACAUAGACCGGCUGGGCACCAUGCCUCUGAUGCCAGCUCUAUGGGAAGAGGUGCAAAAUGACAAGACAACCAUCACUUCUGAAACCUCGAGCCCUGCCUCGCCUGAGUCCCUUCGGCUGGAGCAGCUGCACACAGGGACGCUUCGCGCGGCCAUCCCCGAGGACGUCAGGGACGCCCGCAAGGUCUCCUCUCAGGAGACUCUGUCCCCUCCUGUGGCUGACACUGUCCUCAUUCGACCACCACCUGCUGAACUCCCGGCCUGA